AUGCUGGUCUCCCUGCUCUUCCCCCAAGUGAGCCGGCCCCUUCGAUGCCUCGUCCGGGACUGGCACCGUUGCAGAUGGGGGUUGCCCGGGCAGAAGAGGGCUGACUGUCCCCGCAGAGGUCUGCAAACCCCACGGGCAGCCUACAGCAGUGACGUUACCCCUGUCUUCACCAGGGCUUUGGGUUUCGGUGAUAAAAUCGCCAUCGUUGACCAAAACGGUGAGCACACUUACAGGGACCUUCUCAGCCAGAGUCUACGCUUGUCCCAGGAGAUCUGCAGAGCUCUGGGGUGCUCCAGCAGGGACUUAAAGGAAGAGAGGAUCUCGUUUUUGUGUCCCAAUGACGCCUCGUACGUGGUGGCCCAGUGGGCUGCCUGGAUGAGCGGGGGCAUAGCAGUGCCCCUUUACAAGAAGCACCCGGUGCAGCAACUGGAGUAUGUGAUUCAGGAUUCGCAGAGUGCCCUGGUCGUCGCAGCAGAGGACUAUGUGGGGAGAAUAGCCCCCAGCGCCGAGAAGCUGGGAAUCCCGGUUCUGCCGCUGCUUAGGUCUCCUAGCAAUGGAUCUGCAAGUCGUGCAGCAGUGGAAGAGGGUCCCUUGACAGCCUGCUCCUCGUGGAAAGACAGAGGAGCCAUGAUAAUCUACACUAGUGGGACGACAGGAAGACCAAAAGGUGUCCUCAGCACCCAUGAGAACGUGCAAGCUGUGACCACAGGGCUGGUUGAAAAAUGGGAGUGGAAGAAGGACGAUGUUAUUCUGCACGUGCUGCCUUUACAUCAUGUCCACGGGGUGAUCAAUAAGCUCCUCUGUCCUCUCUGGGUGGGAGCGACAUGCAUCAUGUUACCCGAAUUCAGUGCACAGAUGGUUUGGCAGAAGUUCCUAAGCUCCCAAGCUCCCCGUGUCAGCGUCUUCAUGGCAGUGCCCACUAUCUAUGCCAAGCUGAUAGAGUAUUAUGACAAGCAUUUCUCUCAGCCGCAAGUCCAGGAUUUCGUGCGUGCCUUUUGCCAGGAGAACAUCAGGUUAAUGGUAUCAGGCUCGGCAGCCCUGCCCGUGCCUGUCCUGGAGAAAUGGAAGAGCAUCACUGGGCACACGUUGCUGGAGAGGUAUGGGAUGACUGAGAUUGGGAUGGCGCUUUCUAACCCUUUGCAUGGAGUCCGUGUGCCAGGUUCUGUGGGCACCCCGCUUCCAGGGGUAGAAGUGCGCAUUGCCACCGAGACCUUGAAAAACGGUGGUCGUUCCUACACCAUCCAUGCUCAGGGAGAUGAAGACAGCACACAGGUGACUCCGGGUCUCGAGGAGCGAGAAGGGGAGCUGCUGGUGAAGGGACCCUCCGUCUUCCGCGAGUACUGGAACAGACCCAGGGAAACGGCGGAUGCCUUCACGCCCGACGGCUGGUUCAAAACAGGUACCGCGACGGCUUCCCCGCGGCGUCUGGCGCAGG